AUGGCGGACAAACAUACAAUCUCGGUGAUCGGUCUGCUCAAAGAUGUGGAAUUUCACAUAAUCAAAGGGGCUGCUGAGGUAAUAUUAACAUUUAACGUAAACGUGGUGUUCUAAAUGGAAAGGAAAAGUAGUUUUUGAAUACCUUUUUCUGACUGAUGUGUAUUAUAUCAGAAAAUUUGUCAGAAAGAUGCCGAGGUUUUUACCGAUCCCUACGUACUUGGUUUGCUAGAGUGCGAGUGGGAUGCCUUUAUUCGGGAGAAAAAGAAGGUAGGCAUCUUCAUAUUUUUUGCCCCGUUGAAACUUUAAACUAACUUGGUAAAAAAGAUAAAGUUUUAGGCGUCUGGGCGCUUGUAGAAUAUAAGCUUUAGCUAUACAUCAUUUUUUUUUAAUCAUAACUGUCAUAACUGCUCAAGCUUUAUGUAAUUGUUUUUAUUUUUUAACCGGUUGAUGGUGGAGCAUUAGAGAAAUUAACAUCAACAAAUCUUGAUCCUUAAAAAAGACUGUUUAAAUGGGAAAGAAAAGGUUUCAUGCAAUCCAAAUUCUCGUGAGACGUCUGCCAAGAAAAACAUUGUUUAAAAUUUAUUUUGUCUAUAAAUUUCGUUUUAGCUUUUUUAGGACUAAGGGACCUCAUUGUUAUUUUGGCUUGUAGUAAAAUCCCUACAGUUCAGCUGCUUACAAUUUAUUGCCUCAAAGUACAUAUUAUAGUACAGUAAUUUACCGCUGAGUACUGUAUGUAAAGUUUAAUUCACCAAAAUAUAUUCUUUUUUGUACUGUUUGUCAGGAAAUAAGAAGAGAAGUAUGGGGUUUCAAGGAAAAUGUUAUUACUUUUCUGGAUGAUGAGCUGAUUGGUGGUCAUGAGGAAUUUUUAAAAUGGGCAUCAGAGAAUUAUGCAUACAGAGACUUCAGGUCUGAUCCCAGUGUUAUUGAUCAGAUUCAUUUGUGAGCUUUAAUAACAACCUGUUUUAAUUAGUUAGUCCAUUUUAUUAGAUGAUAAAAUGUAAAUUUCUUUGUAGUACAUAACAAUAAUACAGGAUAACAAUAAGCUACUAUUCCAAAGUCACAGAGCAAAGAACUUGGCAUGACAAAAGUUUAUUGUCGUAAAGCAGGCAACUUGGAAAUUAGAUUUUUUAUUCCAUGGAGGCAAGGGUAAAUCAGACUUACCAAAGCUAUAGAUUGAGCAACUGGUAUCUGGUGGCAACUACUGACACAACUGUGCCAUUUACAUAAGAACAAAAUAAUAAGAUGCAUCUUAAUUUUUGAAGUUUAAUGCAGCUGCUGUUGAUUGAAAAUGAUAAACUGAGAUGGCUGUGCAAAAGAAACAGAUGCCUUCCAGGUUAAUUAUUCCCCUAUUCCUUCAUUCUACGUCACAACCCCCUUCCCCCUCCUAGCUCCCUUACAAACGCCUGCCACGUACAUGUCAUGCCAAAAUAAUAUUUGUAUCUGCUUAAUAACUAUUACCCCCUUCCCUGGCCCCCGACCCACCCCCCAAAAAAAAAAAGUUGAAAUUUCACUGAAAAGCAAGAAUUAGGCUAGAACAUAAAUUUCUAGUCAGUCAGACAGAGACUGAUUCAUCCUCUUUCCUAGGCAUGAUGAACUGUCAUUGUGCACCCUGGGAAUGAAAAUAAACAUAUCAUAAAACACAAAGCUUGGCAUAACAGUGCAUUUAUUUACAAUGCAUGCUUGUUAUUUUUACAAAAAAUAAUUUGCUUUUUUAGGCCUCUUCCACUAUGGCAUGCUGUAAGGAAUGAAGCAUACAAGAACUACCUCCUAGAAACAAAGGUACUUCAAAGUCUUUGCUAUACAGGCCGAGCAUGUCCCUAGUUCUGCAUCAUACAUCAGUUUCUACAUUUAUUUACCAUAGGUUCACCAGUUGCCGCCCAAGACACUGCAUCAGUUACUUAGGGCCCUUACCAUUCCUUCUCUCCACAAGAGACAGCCCACAAUACUGGGAACUAUAAGUCCCCUACUCUUUAAGAACAGGGUGUGGGUUCUUUAACAUUCCAACAGAAUUUUUAUACGUGCAAGGCUAAUGUGAGAUGGGGCCUUUGGUUUAUCGUCCUUACAAUGUAUCUAAGAAGACUAGAUCUAAGGCCUAACAGUUUGCAGAAUACAGAGGCAGCACUUUCUCCUCCUAUCUUUUAUUUAAGACCUUAAGUGUUGGUCUGGCCAGGGUUUGAACUAGUGGCUUCUCUCUCGGCUGACCGGCACUUAUAUCCAAUUCAGCUAACUACGCAGCAGACCUUGUGACAAUUGAAUUAAACCAAAGAGGGUUUUCAUUGAGUUUCCAAAUUCUGUUCAAAAAGACAUUUUGAGAGUGAAUAGUUUAUGGACAAAUGAUUCAGUCUUUCAUGUGAUGCAAAUCCUAAUACCAUCAACUGCACCCUUGGCUACACGUAAAAGCUGAGAGUAAGGACUUCCUCCCUGCCAGAUAUGAAAAGCGUUAAAGACACUCUGGAGUUGUGGCACAAAAAAGGGUGAAAAGUGCUAGGAUCAAUUUAGCUGUCUACCCCUCCCCUAAGCCAUCAUUUUGUUCUAAGUGAGAAGUAAUAGGGGAGGGGUAGGUGGGCAGUUUCCCAGAAACCUAAAUUGGUCCAAGUGCUAUUCUUUAUUUAACAGGAUGACACAAUCUCAGCAUGAAGAAAAGUGUAAUAGUAGGAAUAUAAGAUUGAAGCUAUAAAUGUCAUGUAUGUAACAUACCAAAAAAUUAAAAUAAUUGAUAAAAACUGAGAAAAAAAAGGUGCAAGCAUGAAUUCAGCCUGUUGUCUCUAAAAUUUCCCCAACCAGCUAGACUGAUCAUACUGUGCAGACAGAAUAAUAACUUUUCGCUUGAAUUUAUUUUCUUUGUCACAUUUAACACCAGAAAAAGAUAUAAUGUUCUUCCAACAAUCUCCACCUGUAUUCUCUGAUAUUUGUUUGUUUGUUUGUUUGUUUGUCAUUUCAGCAUCAGUUUGUGUACCUGGAUGUAGCAGUGAACCAGGAACAGAUUGGAAGAUUGUUGAUAGAGGUAAAUCAAUACCACAAAAUAGUUUAUUCAUUAAUUUUCAAUGCUAAUGUACAGGGUUUGUAUGGGUCAUGGAAAACCUGGAAAGUCGUGGAAUUUAAUUACUGCUGGUGAACACUGGAGUUUGUGGUAAGGUAAAAAAAUACCCUAAAACAAUGAAAGUUUUUUAAAUAUUUGAAUGUGAUAUAGCUAAACUUGCAAAAUUCUUGGAAAAAGUCAUGGAAAGUCAUGAAAUUUGAGGAGAUCAAAAGAGUUUGAACCGGAUCUAAUACCUUGUAAUCGUUUUGGUUAAGUUUUGUCUAAAUCAUGCUUGUGACAAAAGACAACACUUGCAUUGAGGUUAAAUAUAAAAUGAUAAAAAAAUCAGUGUCCUUAAUUAAAUCCAAUGCUUAAAUCUUUUUCAGCUCUUUUCAGACAGAUUACCAAGGACAUGUCAGAAUUUCCAAGAGCUUUGUUUAGGGAAUUUUAGUGAAAGAGAAAGACAUGAUCCUCCUUUGAAGCUGUGGUUCAAGAACUCUAUAUUUCACAGGAUUGUUCCUAAUGGAUGGAUACAGGGUGGAGGUACGUACUGUAACCAGUGAUUUUUUUGCCUCUGCAUCCUGCGUCCUUGAUGCACAAAAGCUCCAAAGACACACAAAAGUUCAUAGCAUGGGUCCCGUAGGACACAAAGAUUGAUCGAUCAAUUGAUCUGAAGAUGUUUUUGUAGAAUAUAUUGUUCCUGUGAUUUCUGUGGCCAUUCUUGUGGUUGUUGUUUAAAAACGCACAUUUCUUUGAGUGUUGGUUGUGCUUUACAACAGAAUCUCUUUUAUUUGUCUGGGCACAUAAAGGCCCGAGCAUUUCCAAUUGUGGAUUCGUUGUUUCUUUAACUGGGACUCAUUGCUUCUGGACUAGGACUCAUGAUUUGUUCACAAGAUGAGUCCCAGGACUCACCAUAACUAUUUGUAACAAAAUCACUGUGUAACUGUAACUUGUAGUAAAUAAACACAUGAUAGGAUGGAUUGUACUUUCAGUCCUUGCAGCAGCCAUGACUAACCUCCCCUGCAACCCCUGGCAGGGGAGUGGGGGUACUCAAGGGAAGUUUGCGUAGAGGUGUGCUGGCAAGGCCUUUAAACCCUGACCUUGUUUAAGACAAAAAAAUUGCUCAUUUUGCUACCCUGUUAAGACGAGGAGUCACCCCAGAUUUGUUUUGUUUUACAUACAUGUGUAUCAGCGUGCAAAGAAAGUUAAGUGUCUGAUAGCCCAGGGCUAGUGGAUUUCGCUAUCGGGCUAGUGAAUUCUGUUCUUAACUUGCCCAAUGGGCAAGUGAAGUUUUUUGAGAAAAUCAAAUUACAGAAGAACUGUGAAAUCAAUUCCUGCUCAUCAGAAUGUUUUGGGGGCUGGUUGAAAUGACGUUUGGGCUAGUAUAUGCUAGCUUCGGCUUGCCCGAAUGGCAAGUUUUAAAAAUGACUUUCUUUGCACCCUGUGUUUAGAAUUAUUUAAGUGGUUUUUCAACUAGCAUCAUGGAAUAAGAUUUUUUACAAAAACAAAAUUGUUGGGUAUCUCAAAAUAUCGCCAACUUUCACACUCUUUUCAAGAAAUUCCAGUCCAAAAAGACACCCUGUUUGUUCAAGACGCCAACUGCAUACUCUGUUGAAGACUCAAAGACCCUGAAAACUAUACCCUGUUCGGCGGCACCUGCCCGUUUAAACCGUUUAGACCAGUAAAAUAAGGAAGUACUCCCAAGGAGUAACCACCCAAAAUGUACUGACAGCGGAGAAUGACUCUAAACAAAGUAGGCGACCUAAAAAUGAAUUCAUUUCAAUAAACAAAGUAUGCCACAUGUUGCUUACAAAAAGUUAUUUCAGACUGGUAAUUAGAGUUUACUUUUUUUCAAGAAUUUUGAUUAUGGGGGACAACGUUUGCGCAGCUGCCAAAUUUUCAAGGGAUAAAUUGUUCGGAAGCGCGAGAAUAUCUCCCCAUUCUUUUGACCCAUCUUUGUGAAGAGCACCUGUUUCUGUGUAAGGUAGCAUCUAGCCUGAGUAGCAAGCGUUUCCGCGCGUUUUUAUUGAAAAAGUUGUAACGAGAGCGAAAAUAAGGGUUGAUGAAGGAAUGGGAGGAGAAAAGAAACCUCUUCUGCCCUCACACUCCCCCCUUUUCCAUUUUUCUUUCGCACUUUCUCUCCAACUUUUGCGCAAUAACUCCAGCGGAAACCCGUAGCUAAGUGGUACUCAGAGUAUAAAGCUGUGUGGGACACUAAACUGAAGUCGUUUGAACUGAAUAUAGUUGUGUUUGGUGUUCGCAGAUAUUGAAGGUGGAAAAGGCACUGGUGGAGAGUCGAUUUUUGGUUCCUUCUUUGAAGGUAUAAUGCUUCAAAAAACACUUUUUAAAUUCAUGAGUACCUCAAAAAGUCAGGCUCGGCCAUGGGUGUCGGGUAUUCGGGUAUAUGGGUAUCCUACUUUAGUAAACUCCACCUAGUGGUCUAUUAUCAAUGCUGCGUUCUGACUGGUUGAGCUACUACGAGGCUAUAUGUUGGUGCCUACCCUACUCGCAGUCAGAAGGUAUCGAUCGGUUUUUCUGUUAGUUUGUUUUUAAUUGUAUUUCGAUUUUUACAGUUUUAUGCUAUUUUUUAAAAUUUUUCAAGCAAUUUGUUAAUGUUGGUUUGUCUUUCUACUUUGUUACAUGUAAAUUGAGACAGUUUUGUCCACAUGCAACCCAGUGCAACUUAACUGCGAUGAGAAGUGCAGCCAAAUUGUUUUCGUUUUUUUUUAAAGAACCAUCCACUAUACUGUAGUUCUUUAGAGUUCAUCUUUUCUUCCAUCUCAGAUGAAGACUUUUCCAUUGCGCAUGACAAGAGAGGGAUCGUUGGUAUGGCUAACAGGGGCCGACAUACAAAUGGCUCUCAAUUUUUUAUCACGCUACAGCCCGCACCAUGGAUGGACACCAAAUAUGUUGCCUUUGGGUAAGUUACAUGACACAUACAACAAACAAAAUGAAUAAAAGACCCGUAAAGCCGGUCAGCGGACAGGAAAGAUGGCCGCUUGCUUUUUACAGUAGAAACUCUAUAAGAGUGUUUUCACUCACGUGGCCAGCAUAUAUGCAAAUUUAUUGGAACAAAAGAAAGCCUUUGCAUAAGAAAAGAGUUCAACUCCCAGAGGACUGGUUUGGGACACCAACAUGGCCGCCGCUUCAUUGUUUUGGGACACCAAUAUGGCCGCCGUGACGUCAUGUGAAAACACUCCAUAACGAACCUCUUUCGUCGGUAUAACGAACUACUUUUUUAGCCCCAGUAAUGGCAAAGUAUAUGUAAAAGAACCUCGAUAUAACGAAGCCUCGUUAUAGUGAACAGAUUUUGCCAGCCUCUUGGCACUUCAUUAUAUUCAUUUGAGGUUCCAAUGUAGCUCCGUCCCUGCAGGAACCACCUAUCCAAUUAAUUGAGAAUCCUCCUUAUUUUUUCAACUAUAAGGGCAAGUUAUUACGUUUAAUAUUUUUGCCUCUUUUCUCUUGAUUUCGUAAUUUUUUUCCCUGUAAACUUGUUUAUUCUGUGGAUCGAUGUGGAGGAAUAAAUAUACUACUACUCUGUAACAUACAUGGACUCCCUCAAACCUUUACGCAGUUAUUUUUUAUUCUCUCUCUCUUUCUAUCUCGGAGAUAUUGGCUUUUACAGCUACGCUAUUAAUCCGAGGUUUAAAUAAAGGUGAUGCUUUGUUAUAUAACGUUACAUGUAUUUCUAUUGUUUAUUUACUUACUUUUUUAUUUUGCAGGCAAGUUAUAGAAGGUGCUCGAGUUCUCGACAUUCUCGAAGCGCAGGAAACUUUUAACGAAAGACCGAAAUCUCCCUGCGUCAUCGUAGACUGUGGUGUGUUUAACGUGGAGGCGCUCUGGAACACUUCCAGAUAAUAACUGGUUUCAGUAUGAAUGUAAACAGAUAACACAGAGUUAAAAAAUACCUCAAUCAUUUAUUGAUUUUCUUAGAAAUCGUUACUCGUUAAGUUAAUUCUGUUUCAGACUUUGUUUGCUCUCUUACAGUAAUUUCUGGUAGAAGAACUUCAACGAGUCAUUUAUGCCUUUCUGGGCAUACUGCAGUAGUUAUCCUGUGUAGCCGACCAUAAUUAAUUUAGAUUAAAACACAAGUGGUUU